UUAGACAGAGACAGUGCAAGAGGGGCAGAGAGAGAGGGGGAGAGAGAAUCUUCAGCAGGCUCAUCUCAGGGCCCUGAGAUCAUGACCUGAACCAAAAUCAAGAGUUAGAUACUUAACCAACUGAGCCACCCAGGAGCCCCUCCCACUUCCUUUUCGAUCCAUUAAGCUAUCCAUUUUCCACACAACCACCUGAAUCCACAGCUAUUCAAACCCCUCCUUUCUGCCACAGGCACAUUAACUGAGAAUUCUAUGAGAAAGGGAGAACUGGGCUGGCCACUUUCUUCUAGGACUGAAGUUGUGUUGGUCUUUUUCUGAGACAGCCUCCAAAAGACAGUAUCAUUAUUUCAGAAAAGAUUCUACAGAGUGAAGUAAUGGAGACUGAAAGAGGCCCUUGGGAAGACCCAUGACCCGCUGGGGAUAACAACAAUUCACUUUGUCUCGACCCUUGGUUUCUCAUUAGCUAAGUAAUUCCCAAAGUCCCCACUGGCUCUAAUAGCCCACGUACACAGGAUGUGUGCAUAAAGUGCCCGGCAGCUUGCCCACACCACUCACCCAUGAGAGAUUCAGGAAGCAGAACUGGGCUUCUGUUGGGCACAUUAUUGCAUCAUUUCUUAAAGCAAACAAAACUUUUUCUAAUGGCAUCUAAGUAACUCUCUGGCCAGGUCAAUAUGGCUACUUCAAAGUAACAAGUCCUUAUUAUGUAUUUAUUUUGCGCAGUGUGUGUCUCUGGUCUUAAGUUAUCAAUACCCCCUAGAAGAGCCUAGGACCUUGGGACGCGAUCCCCCAAACCCAGCCGAGGCAAGCAGGGGCAGCCUUUUGCAUGGGUCGCCUUCGUGGAGCAGAAAAGUGCAAAGGCAGUGACCCCUCGCCCGAGGCCGGCGCCCAAGGCCAUUAGAAAGCCUCUCCCUUAGCUCCACGCACUACAAGUCAAAACAACCUCUCUUCCCUGCUGACGCCACGGCCAGGCAGGGCUGGAAAUCGAUCUGCGAUCUUUCUGCUCCAGCACAGCCGGCACCCUGGCUGAUGCGGGCGCGUGGGCGCUCGGGCAGAAUGACGGUGGGCUGCGCCAGAGCCGCCGGCGGGGGGCUGCUGACGGCGGAGAAAGGAGCCCGCUUCCCCUAAGGGCAUCCUCUCCCUGCCCCUCCCGCCACCCCGUCCCCCAGACAGUCGCUCACCUGUAGAAGGCUAGGGGAGGGGACAGUGGCCACUUCUAAGCCCAGCCCUCUACUAUGGCUCCGCCUGCAGGACUCACCAAACCUUUGCUGCCCAACUCAGAAAACCUUACAGAUAAAGAGACCAAAGCCUAGAGAAGAGCAACAGCUGGUCCUGAGGGCGAGUGGCAGAGCAGAGACUAAAAACUAUGGUCUCCUGAUCCCUCCUAGGCGUCUGUCUCCAACAGUUUUUUUCAGCCAAAGAGCUUUCUUCUUGGUUUCUUCACAAACACGCUUCCAACUUGUUGCAAAGACCUAUCAGGCUGAUACAUAAAGAUCAGAGAUUUGCACUUUGAAACCUGAAACCCAUCUCUCCCUGUGGAAUCUUGAGACGACCUUCUUUGCUUGCUUUCUUUGCCAUCGACUCGGACUUUUUGCAGCUCUCUCAGUGUCAUCAUCUGGCCUGUGGUCACCGUGGAGACAUCAGAAAAUGUCCUGAUCGUGAUCCCAUGAAAGCAUCACAGUCUUCACAUGAUGUGGCUUCUAAAGACUCAAGGACCACCCACCUUACCAGUCUGCAAUGGCAAAAGCAGAAAUGGAUAUUUAAACACCACAGCUUCCAUUCUGUUAUUAAUCACUCUGUAGACAUGUGCCACUACUACAGAGAGUGAACUGCACCAAGGGGGAAAAGUUCCAGGGGCCCCCGAACCAUCAGCACUCUUGUUUCUCCCCCUGGAGAGAAAGCAGAACUAUGGCAUUUUAUAGCUGCUGUUUGAUCCUCUUGGCAAUUACCUGGUGCACUUCUGCCUAUGGGCCUGACCAACGAGCUCAGAAGAAAGGGGACAUUAUCCUCGGGGGGCUCUUUCCUAUUCAUUUUGGAGUAGCAGCCAAAGAUCAAGAUCUAAAGUCAAGGCCAGAGUCUGUGGAAUGUAUCAGGUAUAAUUUCCGUGGGUUUCGUUGGUUACAAGCAAUGAUAUUUGCCAUCGAGGAAAUAAACAGCAGCCCAGUCCUUCUUCCCAACAUGACACUGGGAUACAGGAUAUUUGACACUUGCAACACUGUUUCUAAAGCCUUGGAGGCCACUCUGAGUUUUGUGGCACAAAAUAAAAUUGAUUCUCUGAACCUCGACGAGUUCUGCAACUGCUCAGAGCAUAUCCCCUCUACUAUCGCUGUGGUGGGAGCAACUGGUUCGGGCAUCUCCACAGCGGUGGCAAACCUGCUGGGCCUCUUCUAUAUUCCCCAGGUCAGCUAUGCCUCCUCCAGCAGACUCCUCAGCAACAAAAAUCAGUUCAAGUCCUUUCUCCGUACUAUCCCCAAUGAUGAACACCAGGCCACUGCCAUGGCAGACAUUAUCGAGUAUUUCCGCUGGAACUGGGUGGGCACAAUUGCUGCUGAUGAUGACUACGGCCGGCCAGGGAUUGAGAAGUUUCGAGAGGAAGCUGAGGAGAGGGACAUCUGCAUCGACUUCAGUGAACUCAUCUCCCAGUAUUCUGAUGAAGAAGAGAUCCAGCAAGUGGUGGAGGUGAUCCAGAAUUCCACAGCCAAAGUCAUUGUUGUUUUCUCUAGUGGCCCAGACCUUGAACCCCUUAUCAAGGAGAUUGUCCGGCGUAAUAUCACAGGGAGGAUCUGGCUGGCCAGCGAGGCCUGGGCCAGCUCUUCCUUGAUUGCCAUGCCCGAGUACUUCCAUGUGGUUGGAGGCACCAUUGGAUUCGCUCUGAAGGCUGGACAGAUCCCAGGUUUCCGGGAAUUCCUGCAGAAAGUCCAUCCCAGAAAGUCUGUCCACAAUGGUUUUGCCAAGGAGUUUUGGGAAGAAACCUUUAACUGCCACCUCCAAGAAGGUGCUAAAGGACCUUUAGCACUGGACACUUUCCUGAGAGGUCAUGAAGAAGGUGGUGGCAGGAUAAGCAAUAGCUCCACUGCCUUGCGACCUCUCUGUACAGGGGACGAGAACAUCAGCAGCGUGGAGACCCCUUACAUGGAUUAUACACAUUUACGGAUAUCCUACAAUGUCUACUUAGCGGUCUAUUCCAUUGCUCAUGCCCUGCAAGAUAUAUAUACAUGCUUACCUGGAAGAGGGCUCUUCACCAAUGGUUCCUGCGCAGAUAUCAAGAAGGUUGAGGCUUGGCAGGUUCUGAAGCACCUACGGCACCUAAACUUUACCAACAAUAUGGGGGAGCAGGUGACUUUCGAUGAAUGUGGGGACCUGGUGGGGAACUAUUCCAUCAUCAACUGGCACCUCUCUCCAGAGGAUGGCUCCAUAGUGUUUAAGGAAGUCGGAUAUUACAACGUCUAUGCCAAGAAAGGAGAAAGGCUCUUCAUCAAUGAGGAGAAAAUCCUGUGGAGUGGAUUUUCCAGGGAGGUACCUUUCUCCAACUGCAGUCGAGACUGCCUGGCAGGGACCAGGAAAGGAAUCAUUGAGGGGGAGCCCACCUGCUGCUUUGAGUGUGUGGAAUGUCCUGAUGGGGAGUACAGUGAUGAAACAGAUGCAAGUGCCUGUGACAAGUGCCCCGAUGACUUCUGGUCCAAUGAGAACCACACUUCUUGCAUUGCCAAGGAGAUUGAGUUUCUGUCCUGGACGGAGCCCUUUGGGAUUGCACUCACUCUCUUUGCUGUGCUGGGCAUUUUCCUGACAGCCUUCGUGCUGGGUGUCUUCCUCAAGUUCCGUAACACACCCAUUGUCAAGGCUACCAAUCGAGAGCUCUCCUACCUCCUCCUCUUCUCCUUGCUCUGCUGCUUCUCCAGCUCCCUGUUCUUCAUUGGUGAGCCCCAGGACUGGACAUGCCGCCUGCGCCAACCAGCCUUUGGCAUCAGCUUCGUGCUCUGCAUAUCAUGCAUCCUAGUAAAAACCAACCGUGUCCUCCUGGUGUUUGAGGCCAAGAUCCCCACGAGCUUCCACCGCAAGUGGUGGGGGCUCAACCUGCAGUUCCUGCUGGUCUUCCUCUGCACCUUCAUGCAGAUUGUCAUCUGUGUGAUCUGGCUCUACACUGCACCACCCUCAAGCUACCGCAACCACGAGCUGGAGGAUGAGAUCAUCUUUAUCACAUGCCACGAGGGCUCGCUAAUGGCACUGGGCUUCUUAAUUGGCUACACGUGCCUACUGGCUGCCAUCUGCUUCUUCUUUGCCUUCAAGUCCCGGAAGCUGCCAGAGAAUUUCAAUGAAGCCAAGUUCAUCACCUUCAGCAUGCUCAUCUUCUUCAUCGUCUGGAUCUCCUUCAUUCCAGCCUACGCCAGCACCUAUGGCAAGUUUGUCUCUGCCGUGGAAGUGAUCGCCAUCCUGGCAGCCAGCUUUGGCUUGCUGGCCUGCAUCUUCUUCAACAAGGUCUACAUCAUCCUCUUCAAGCCAUCACGUAACACCAUCGAGGAGGUACGCUGCAGCACUGCUGCCCAUGCUUUCAAAGUAGCAGCCCGGGCCACGCUGCGCCGCAGCAACGUCUCUCGAAAGCGGUCCAGCAGCCUUGGGGGCUCCACGGGAUCCACACCCUCUUCCUCCAUCAGCAGUAAGAGCAACAGUGAAGACCCCUUCCCACAGCCCGAGAGGCAAAAGCAGCAGCAGCCACUGGCCCUGACCCAACAAGAGCAGCAGCCGCAGCCACAGCAGCCCUCGUCCCUACAGCAGCAGCCACAGCCACAGCCACAGCCCAGAUGCAAGCAGAAAGUCAUCUUCGGCAGUGGCACAGUCACCUUCUCACUGAGCUUUGAUGAGCCUCAGAAGAGUGCCAUGGCUCACAGGAAUUCUAUGCACCAGAACUCCCUGGAGGCCCAGAAAAGCAAUGAGACCCUCACCAGACACCAGGCAUUACUCCCACUACAGUGCGGGGAGACAGACUCAGAACUGAGUGCCCAGGAGAGAGGCCUUCAAGGGCCUGUAGAUGGGGACUUCCGACCAGAGAUGGAGGACCCUGAAGAGAUGUCCCCAGCACUUGUAGUGUCCAGUUCACAAAGCUUUGUCAUCAGUGGUGGUGGCAGCACUGUCACAGAAAAUAUACUGCAUUCAUAAAAUGGAAGAAGGUGGCCAGUCCAGGGAGGAUCCAGAGAGGAUUCCUGGGAUCAUGUUCUCUGACAGGGAUGAGGAAUCGCCCCAGACUCCUUUCCUCUGUGUGUGGAAGGAGGAAUAAGACACGCCAAACACCUCAAAUUUAGUUGCACUGCUUUAAAUAACAGUGAAUUGACUAAUGUUCCCUCUAAAAUUAAAAAGAAAAAAAAAAAAAGAACCGUGUCCUUCUGUGGUUGGAGAUGUCAGAGUGUUGAGAUCACCAUAGUCAGAUUUGCUGUUCAUGUCUCUUCCUCUGUUCUCAUCCUCCAUUCUAUCCCAUCCAACCGCCCAGAUAUAAAACCAAGACUUUAGUAACCCACCUAUUCCCUUCUUUUUUUCUUAACACCGAAAUGCCUGCCCUGAACAUUGCAGACAGCCUGGCCCAGACACAAAAGUGUGCAGAGUGAAAAAAAGUUCAGACUGGCCACCACUAGAGUUAAGAGUCUGAAAGACAGAACAUCAUCAGUGCUUCCCAGCACCUUGACAAUGGGAAGAGAACUUCAAGUGUUCAAGAGCAUAAGGUGAACAUGUCCCCUCCUAUUUAUGAAAACCAUAAGAUAUUUGGUCUCCUACUUGCUGCUGCUAUCAUGUGACAUCUAGAAGGUUAGCAUCCCUCCUACACCAACAUGUCUGGUGGAGAAUGUCAUAGUGAUGCCAUGUUUAGAUUCCAGGAUCACAAGAAUCACCUCAAAUUGUUGGGAAGGAACUGCAUGAAUCCAAUGAGCUGUAUCUGUAAUUAAUAUUGCUAUAUGUAGCUUUAUCUCUAAGAAAAUGCUUCUGUUAUAAUAAUGUUAUAAUAGUUCAUGGACAAUAUAAACUGAAAAAAUGUCAGUCUGGUUAAUAUAAGGCAGUAUUAUUGAGCUCCUUGCCUAUCCUUGCCUACCCCACCACCCUCACCUCCAUGAGCUAAGCCCAAGUAAGCCCCAGGGAUCCAUAAAUUCCCCCAAUCCCUGUCCCCAAAGCUUCCUGAAGCCAGAUCCACAGCUGACUCUGUGGAAAACAAGCUCCCAGUCCUUAGCCCCUACGAGUUGCUGGGGUAAGAAAGUGUCCCAUGAAAGCUCUCACAGGACAUUAGCCUGGCACUCUCCCUGCCAAAUGCCAUACCUAAAAUCCCUCCAGCAGUGGGAAUCUGCCCAUAGGUGGUUAAAGUGGUUGAAUGGCAUAUUUCUGAGCAUUCAGGCUCUGGAGACAGAGAGACCUGGGUUCAAGCCAGUCACUUACAAGUUGGGUGACCACAGGCAGGGAACCUUAACUUCACUAAGCCCCAGCUUCUUUGUCUCUAAAAUAGAGGUAAUAAUCAUUCUUUCCCCUCAGAGCGCUUAUGUGAAUUAAAUGAGAUGAUGUAUGUAAAGUACUUUAGCAUGGUGCCUAGCAUAUAGUAAGCAAUCAAUAAAUAUUAGUUAAUAUUAUUACUGAUAUUGUAAUUAUUUUUUUCACUUCAUUAAAAUAUAAAAUAAACUUUGUUUACCAUUCAGAUUUUAAUGACAAGCCCACUGAUGACACAAACGUUCUUCAUAAUAACCCCAAGAACUCUGAUCAGCCCUAGUAACACUUGCUCAUGGCAACAAACCCAGAAAGUCAAUCAGACCCCCCCAGAGGCCCCCAUGCUCUGCCUCUAUGAUCACAACGCCAAGAGAAGAAUGUCACCGGUCUGGCAGUAGUUUCUCAGAUCACUCUAAAUGCUGCUCUUAAGCCAAAGCCAAAAUAUAGCAAUUAAAUCUGAGAAUGUUGGACUCAACAUCAUUAUCUUCAUUUAUAUGUUGCAGCACAACUCUCAGCACAGAUUCAGGAGUGUAAAACGUGAACUUUAUUUUUCUCUAACAACUUAGUUUCUGUCUCAGAUUCCCAUUCAGCCUAGUGACAGAAACUUCCAUCUUAGUCAAACUGGGGUUUUCUCAGGAACUUCAGAGUUUUCUGAAUUGGUUCAGAUUUCUGGGCAUCAGUUCAGAGGUUUCUUCCUUACCCCUUCCAUGAGAGCUUUUAGUGUAAAGGGAGGUGGGGUUCCUCAAACAUCAGCAGCUCCUACUGACAUCUCUGAGAACAUUCUGAUCUGGCCCUCAGUAAUUGUUAUGCCUCCACAUUGGCAUCCUAUGAGGCCUCCCAUCCCCAUAUGGUCCCCGGUCAUGGGAUCCACAGUGAUUUUCACAGCUGCGUCACUUUGUCCCAACUGCUAGGGCCCUCUCAGGCUUGCCAGCUCUCUCAUGAAUAGAGAACACUGGAGCCUAGGAACUGCCAGGCAGCUCUCAGGCCCCUCCCUCCCGGCCUCUACUUAACUGCUGCCUCCCCAUGCUGGUAUGGAGAAUUCAUAGAGACUAGCUUCCAAGGUGCCAGAGGGAAAACAGGGCAUGUGUCCCCAAAUCUGUAUAGACAUUUGUCAAAGACUGAAUAACAGCCCCCCAAAGAUGCCCACAUCCUAAUCUCCAGAACCUAUGAUGGUUACGUUACGUGGCAAGAGUGAGUUAAGGCUGCAGAUGGGAUUAAGGUUGCCAAUCAGCUGACCUUGGUAAGGAGAUCAUUUUGGAUUGUCCAGGUGGGCACAAUGUAAUCACCAGCUCCUCAGAAGUGGAAGAAGGAAGCGGAGAAUCAGUGUAAGGAUGAUGUGAUGUGAGAAAGACUCCAGAGAUUAUUGCUGCUUUUAAAAUAGGGAAAGGAACCAUGAACCAAGAGACAUGGAGGCUUCUAGAAGAUGGAAAAGGCAAGAAAACAAAUUUUCCCCAGAGCUUCCAGAAGGAACCAACCCUGUCAAAACCUUGAUUUUAGUCCAGUAAGAGCCUUUUCGGACUGCUGGUCUCCAGAAGUGUAAGAUAAUAAAUUUAUGUUGUUUUACGCCACUAAGUUUGUGGUACUGUUACAGAAGCAACGGAAACUAAUACAACAUUUUUACUCUGCUCCCCCUUUCCUGAGCGUUUUCAGCUCAGGAAACAGUCCAGUGCCUUUCUCAGAGAUCCACCUGGUCUCCCUCUAGUGCUCUCCCCACCAACUAGCUCCAUCUCUCUCCUGCACGAAAAAAAGUCUGACCAAUAUUCUAGUCCUUCAAAUCUGUUUGGGGCACUAUAAACCUUCUGUUCUUAGUCUUUCUGGGUUUUGGUUUUAGAUCAUUAACAGCCAUUUUCUAUCCAUUAUAUGUUAGUAGAACAAACCUGAAAAACAGUAGCUUCC